AUGGACGAGAGGAAGAGAUAUCUAACAAAUAAAGAAGACAAGAGGCGAAAAGAAAUUAAAUUACGGUAUAUAACACUUUCUUUCUUUCUUUCUUUCUUUCUUUCUUUCUUUUCUUUUCAAUCUCUAUCUGUCUUUCUCAUCGAUCAUUUUCUCUCCCUCCCUCCCUCUCUCGAAACUAAAACUCAUUUUUACUUUUUUGACUGCUUUCAUAAUAGAUCAAUUAUUUCUUCUUCUUCUUUUUCCUCUUCCACUCCCCUCCUCCUUUUCCUUCUUCUUCCCCUCCCCUCCUCCUUUUCCUUCUUUUUCUUCUUCUUCCCCUCUCCUCCUCCUUUUCCUUCUUCUUCUUCUUCCUCCCCUACCCUCCUCCUUUUCCUUCUUCUUCUUCUUCUUCUCCCCUCCUCCUUUUCCUUCUUCUUCCCCUCCCCUCCUCCUUUUCCUUCUUCUUCUUCUUCUUCUUCUUCUUCUUCUUCUUCUUCCCUACCUCUUCUUCUUCUUCUUCCCUAUCUCUUCUUCUUCUUCUUCUUCUUCUUCUUCUUCCCUACCUCUUUUCCUCCUUCUUCUUUUUCAUUUUCUUCUCCCCUUCCCCACCUCCUUUCCCUUGUUGUUGUUCUUCUUCUUCUUCUCCCCCUCUCCACCUCCUUUCCCUUCUUCUUCUUCUCCCCCUCCCCUCCUCCUUUUUUCUUCUUCUCCUCCUCCCCUCCUCCUUCUUCUCUCUAA